CAGAGAAGAUACCGUGUGUGAAAAGCUCUGUCGCCCAUCUCCGUUAUUUCAGUCUAAGGGGCAGCUAUGGAUUAAGUGGGACACCAAUCCUAAAAGGGGGCUGGCCAUAUGACUUGUCUGCAAUUCAUCUCAGACCCCUUAUCUAUCUAGUUUUGUUAAGUUGUGGGUGAACAUAUCAGACGACACAGCGAUUCUUCAAACAGCUCUUGUUUAUUCACAGGCCAGGCCAGAACUGAACUGAACUGAAGGGUUUCAGUCAGCCUGCUUAUAUAGAGCUCCAGUACAACGUAACUGUAACAAUUUUCUAAAACUAUCCAAUCACUGAACGUCACUUUCGAUCCCUUAUAUGCAUAACUAUCUACAGUAUCCCCCUGCUGGCCCAGGGUGAGAACUUCAGUACAUAACAAGUUUGUCUUUCAAUUAGCAGAUUGCUUCCCUUGAUUAGAAGUGCAACCCAAAAUAAUUUUCCAGUGGUAUCCUGACUUACCCCACAAAAGCUAAACAAGUUCUGCAGGGCAAAUGUGUGCGGUGAUUGGAAAUGCAAAAUGAUAGGUGCAAACUUCAUUCCUAUUGGGUUACACCUCAAGAACAGAGCUAUUGAAAACUGCUCCUAGGACCACACAGGGCCUUCACACUUCAAUCAGUCAGAGGUAAAUGGGAAGGGAUGGAGAGAUUUUCCAGCAGCAAAUGGCCAGUUUCUGCUGCUGCUGUUAUUAUUAUUAUAUAUUAAAUUUCUAUACCACCCUUCAUCCGAAGAUCACAGAGCAGUUUAUAAUAUAAAAACACAUAAUCACAUACCAUAAUAACAAACGAAAACAGUAAUCCCUCCACACACAGUAUUGUUGUGCUGUCAGCUUCAGUCUUUGAAAGGAGACAGAGUUAAGGAGUAGAGAUGAAUGGAGGAGACAGAAAUGGAAGUCCGAAGCAAGCAGCAAUAAUCACCACUGCAAUAAUAAUAAUAAUAAUAAUAAUAAUAAUAAUAAUAAUAAUUUAUUUAUACCCCGCCCAUCUGGCUGGGUUUCCCCAGCCACUCUGGGCGGCUUCCAACAGAACACUAAAAUACAAUAACCUAUUAAACAUUAAAAGCUUCUCUAAACAGGGCUGCCUUCAGAUGUCUUCUAAAGGUUUGGUAGUUAUUUUUCUCUUUGACAUCUGGUAGGAGGGCGUUCCACAGGGCGGGCGCCACUACCGAGAAGGCCCUCUGCCUGGUUCCCUGUAACUUGGCUUCUCGUAGCAAGGGAACCGCCAGAAGGCCCUCGGCGGUGGACCUCAGUGUCUGGGCAGAACGAUGGAAGUGGAGACGCUCCUUCAGGUAUACAGGACCGAGGCCGUUCAGGGCUUUCAAGGUCAGCACCAACACUUUGAAUUGCACUCAGAAACGUACUGGGAGCCAGUGUAGGUCUUUCAAGACCGGUGUUAUUGGUCUCAGCGGCCGCUCCCAGUCGCCAGUCUAGCUAGAAGACUGGAGGCACAGCAAACAUCCCAACCACUCCGGAAGCAGUAGAUGUUGCCAGUUCAGCUAUGCUGCUGUGCAAGCAAAGGUAUUAAAUCAAGGGUAGCCAACAUGGUGCCUUCUAUUUGUUGAACUACAAAUCCCAUCAUCCCUGACCACUGGCCAUGCUGACUGGCACUCAUGGGAAUUGCAGUCUAACAACACCUGGCAGGCAAUGCAUUGGUUGUCCUUGGUCUAAGUCAGGGUUUCCCAAACUUGGGUCGCCAGCUGAUUUUGGACUACAAUUCCCAUCAUCCCUGACCACUGUUCCUGCUAGCUAGGGAUGGUGGGAAUUGUAGUCCAAAAAACAGCUGAAGACCCAAGUUUGGGAAACCCUGGUCUGAGUGAAAGCUGUUGCCUUAAAGUGGGAAUGUUGCGUUGCUUUUGAACCCCUCCGUCAACAGUAUUAACAACUGUUAGAACUGCAGCCUUUAAUCGAAUACGUGGGAAACUCUUGCUUUAAUUAAUGUUAAAUUAUUUUAAGUUACAGGUAGGUAGCUGUGCUGGUCUGCCGUAGUCAAAACAAAAUUUAAAAAAUCCUUCCAGUAGCACCUUAGAGACCAACUAAGUUUGUUAUUGGUAUGAGCUUUCAUGUGCAUGCACACUUCUUCAGAGACCAUGUUUAAAUUAUUUUAAAUAUGUGUACUUAUAGAAGUUGCAGAGGGCAAGAAAUCCUAGAAUAUGCUUUCCUCCUCCUCUCUCACAUAGGAAGAAAUGUGCCUUCUAAGAUGGCCCCAGCCCCAGCAUAGACAUGUCCUACCUAAUUUCCUUCAAGAUCGGUGUAUUACGCAUAUACAAUUGUAUUUGUUUUUAAGUGAUGAAUUUAUUCAGCCAUUUAGGUGAUUAAAGGACUAAAAAUUAUUUUAUCAGACGACAGCUGUAGCAACCAUGCUAACACGCUUGGAUUUUUAAUCUUUAUUUUUAUUUCUCUAAUGUCGCUGGUGCCUCCUGGAGUACUUUGUUCUGCAAGCCAUAACACAUUUUGAAACUAGCUGCUCUGUAUCUCAACUUCUGGCUGAGUUGCUCUGGAGAGAAGGAAAGCAAAUAUAGCCCUGAUAUUUUGUUUUCUGUUUACUGAUGCUUGUGUUUUUAUAGCACGCUGCAUGUGUGUGUUUCUAUUUUCUUCGGCAUGCCUCCCUCAAACAGGCACAUGACAUAACCAGAGGUUUCGCUUUUUUAUCAUGACUGGAUUAAACAGGGAGAGGAUGGAAUAUGAGCUUCUCCCAGAAGAUCAAGUUCGCAAGUGUGAGUGGGAACAGACCCAGCUGCAACAUCGAUAAAACAGGAUCCAGACUCCCAUUGUUCCAGCUCAGAUCUGAAUGGUUUAUGCAGCAUAAAAAUGUUCCCCUGCGUGACGAGAAACAGUCAACUUUCUCCUGAACCUGAUGGUCCGGACGGAGAACAAAUCAACAACUACAGCUGCAGACUCCAUUCUCCUCCAGAGAAAGACUGCCACGUUCCGAGCAAUUCCAAAGGAGACCGCACCUCAGACACGUCUAGUUCUUCUUACCGUUCAGCGCCGGGUUCAGAGGAAGCGGAGAGUUUCAAGGACUGUGUCGAAUUCUUUGAAGAAGCCGGAGAUUGUCUUGAGGAGUGCACUUACUGCGACUCAGAACAUGAGCAAGGAAGCGUAACAGCAACGCCGGUCCUUCCUGCAGCUCAGACAAGCCCUGCUGAUAGGAUUUCCAAGGUUACAGCCAGCCAACUCCAUGGGACUUUGAAUAGUUCCAGCGACGUCUUACGAGAGGGCCUGUGCGGCACAAAAGGGAAUACUUAUGCUGCAACAUCUGGAGGAUCUCGAUCCCGUUUUCCUUUACGCAGGAGCGAGACAUUUGGGGAGUCGUUGCCAGUCCAAGAGGCGAGAGCACCGAGCCUGCAGGCAGACCCCAAGGGUACUAUAAAAGAUCAAACCUGCAGAGACAAACUCUCUUCCAGUGGGAAGGAAAAGCAACAGGUUCAGAUGUCAAUCAAAGCUAAGAAUAGCUCAGACCCAGUGUGCAGUGGUAGAAUGGGGCUAGUCACACGGAGGCUGCAGCCAGGAGACAGCAGAACGAAGUAUUUGGAUCAUCCUGCACAAUUCAGUUCCGACAAAUCCAAGGAAAUGUUACCCAGUGCACGCAAGCCGAAGAAAAGCAGCCUUGGCAGCCGAGUGCAUGAUCCUGUAAGUAGCAAACCAGCAUGCCCCAAAUAUUUUGUUGAAAAUCCCUGUGUUUUGAGUGACUCUGAUGAGGCUGAUAACGAAGUAGAGAAGCUUACUGCUCUGUCCUUCCAGAGUCUCUCAUGCCCACAAGGCAGCUACCUAGAUAUGUAUAGUUCCAGUAACAGGACAUCCUCCAGCCUGUCCAAUUCCUUGCCAGAAGAUAGUAAUGGAAUGAACAGGUGGCCAUUAUGCAGUGAUCAGAGGAAAACAGUGGUGGUCGGCCACGCGAAAGGAAGCCGGCUAUUCCCAACAGCCAGCAAAGCCCCAGAUGCAGGACUGCUCAGUGGCGUCUUGGGGAAGGAGCACGCUGAGUGCAUCGAUGUCGCCCUAGAGAAUGCUGAUGGCAAAAAGAGCCUCUCUAAAAAGAGAAUGGUGCCCAAACGUCAGAUCCAGUUAAGACGGAAGGAGAAGAAGGAGGCAGGUUUCUGUGCUGCUGGGGACUGUGCUGCCCUCCAGCCAUUCACACAACCACGAAAAGAGUCGUGUGUGAAAGCGAGAAACAUCAGCGAUGAGUUUAGGCUGAAUUAUAAGCAAUUUCUGAAAGCCGCCUCUUUGAACAAUGCUUACAGCAAAACGAGGAUGGCUUCCAGCCUGGUGAAAAACGUUUUGGCUAAAAAAAUGCAGUACGAACACAGGAUUAAAAUGGAACAAGCGUCUGCCCGGGGGAGCUCAACCUCUUCUGUCCCUUCGUCCAUAAGCACUGACCUCCCAGGGGACAGUUUAGAAGGCAAGUCAAGUUCUCUGUCUAAGUCGGACUGCAGUUUUUCAACGGAGGAUGUUCAGAGCCAUUCCACCAGUGAGAGGUCAGAGCCCAUCACAGUGAAUAAAGACGGCGUGGACGCCUUGAGGCCAACGAAAGGAGUUGUGCUCAACGAGCAGCUAAGGGAGAAUGUCUGCAAACUGAAAGAUACAUUUAACGAGCUGAACGAGAGACUGAAGUAUCAAGAAGUCACUCAGCUGAAAAGACUCCCCAUUUUGGCAGAUGGGUGUGUGAAUGUAAUAGAAUCAAGCAACACCAGGAAGCAGGCCGCUGGGGUAAGGAAAGAAUACAGGAGAGCCCGAGCUGUGUUCGAGUCCAUGGAGGCUGAUACGGAAAGCUUGGCUGCAGUUCCGAAAUUUGCAAAGCCACAAAAGCCAUGGCCAAAUCUGAAGCAGCGAGCCAUUCGUCAGAGCAAGCACACACAGUCAAAGGAAGAAAAAUUCUCCCUGAAACCGAAAAGCCUUGUGGUACCCAAAGAUACUCCCAGUAACAUCUUCACAUCCAAAACCAAAGAAAUGAAACUCAUCCCUCAGAUCAAGAAUGAGCAUAAUGUUCCAAAUGCUUCUAGGCACAAAUCUUUGGACAGAGUUUCCAAUGAGCGGAGGCUGCCUACAUUUCAGAGCAUGAAACUUUCAUCUGUGGCUUUUCCAGCUUCUGCCAAAUCACACAGUGGUGAAAAAUCAAAUCCCCCCAAAACACCUCACACAGGGGAGACAAUUCAAACGGAAAGCAAAGAGAAGGCCAGAAUACAUCAGCCCAGAGGUGUAAGAAAAUUAGUGAAGGACACAUAUACUCUUGGCUUUAAAUCUUCAGACAGCUCCAGUGUAGAUCAGGCAUCCUAUUCUGAAAGCAAAAGUGAGAACAGCUUAAUUGUGCUACCAAAGGAGCCCCCAGCUGUUUCACCUCUGUUCAUACGCUGCACAUCAAUAUGUCGGAAAGAUGAUAUGCAAACAGCAAACAAUGCACAGGAGAAUAAGCAAGACCAAAUGGGGGACAUUGAUGUGUCAACGCUUUCUCUACAUGAUCAGAGCACAAGGAGCAAGGAGUCCACUGAUAAUUCUAAUCCCACAGUACAGACACACGAAAAUGUACCUGUAUGUCAUCCAGAAAGCAAAUGUUCUUCAGUGGGUGAACCUGCAGUGCACAUUACUACAAUUCAGUCCAAGAAACUUGUUGAAAAUAAAGAAUUUCCGACGCAAGUUGGAAACAAACAAGUGCCUUAUGAGCGGAGUGAAUUAAAUGUCAGGCCUUCGUCUACAACUGCCAAGAAAGAAUCUCAGCUUAAUAUUAAAGUCAACAGUUCUCUCUCCAAACAGUCACACAAAACUGAAACUGACUAUUUUCCAGCUUCUAGUUGCUCCAGACUGGAUGAAAGGAACAUGAAAGAUUCAGUGCCACAGUCUAAACAUAGUUUGUUGAGAGAAAGCCGAGAUGCUGCUUCAUCAGAGUCUCUUAGGAUCCCAUCUUCUACCUAUGUACGGGAAAUCACAAGGAGAGAUAAUGGCUGUGGAACCACAAGCUAUAUUAAUGACCCUUACAAAACCCAGGAAGCUGAGUUGCCCUAUCAGAAACAUUUAUCCAGCGAGUUCUUCUCAGUGGCUUCCAAUAACCUUCUGAAAGAUGAAAAUAUGUUUCCAGAAUCUGGAUCAUCUCAUGGAAGCUGUAGGUACCCACAAGCCAUCAGGCCUCCAGUGACAAGCACCCAAAAUAUUCACACACAGACUCAAGAAAAUAGUAAUUUUACAGAUGGUAGAUAUGACUCUACAGUACAGGAAGACACCAGACCCUUGGACAAGCGCAACAGAAUACAGUCUGAUUGUGUGAUUUCAAACAGUCCACUAGCACCAACAGAGUACACUGAAGGAAUCAAGGUGAUAUCAAACUCCUCUUUUACUCCAUCAACCUCUUAUGGAAAGCUCCACGACCCAGGGUGUGAUUACUCCAACAAACAUCAGGCAACAAAUGAACAGUAUUUUUCAGCUACCCAGGCUGACAACACAAAUUACUUAACGAUUCCUGUGAAAACCCAUCAAUCUGAAGCAACCGUUAAACACCCAGUGCCUUUGAACACGGACAACAACUCUUUCACCUCCAAUGUCUCCUUCCAGCCGAGUGGAGAAGCAUCGGGAAAUAAAAUAAGCCACGAACUUUUCCCACCAAAACAAAUGGAGACGAAGGCACCCUCCGACAACGUGCUAUACAGUCACCCAAGCCAUGGGCAACUCCCCCUAAGACUUGAAGAGUCUCCUAGCUUCACAAGAAGAAAUGAAGGAAUUUCGCCAUCUGGUAAGAGUGCCCCAAGCCCAACAAGGCACUUUCAUCCUGCUCCUGCUGCUGCAGCUCCUCCUCCUCUACAGGGACACAGAAAAAUGUUGGUUGAUCCAGAGAGUGGGAAAUGCUACUAUGUGGAACCGCCGAGGCAGCCUCAAUUAAAGAUGCUUUAUGACCCAGAAACAGGGCAGUAUAUUGAGGUCCUGAUACCCCCAGUCCCACUAUCGUCACACAGCGGGCUUUACCAGUCUCCUUUCUCACCAGUGGUCAUGAAUCCAGGAGGUUAUGGACCACCUUAUAUGUCAUACUCUGGGUUUCCUGGGUUUCCCCCUCCCCCUCCAGCGAUGCCCCCCGCCAACCUUGAUCUUCAAGACCAACAACCCGCUCAAGAAAAUGCAAACCUCAAUGAAAAUUACAGCCAUUUUUCGAAGAGCGACGUUCCUCCAGCUACCCAAACCGCCGAUGGCAACUACAUGGAGAGUUUGUACUAUAUUCCCACUGGAAUGAAUUCAAGUCCUAAUCCCAACCAAACUUUAUUUUCCCCACCUUCAGGUUCUGGUCCUUCUGGAACUGAAAAGGGGCCCUUCCUUAGGAUGUGAAGGGCAGUGCGACAAGGGCAACUGGGAAAACUGUUUUUGUAUUUCAGAUAAUUCUGUUCUUUUCUUUUCUUUUUUUUAAAAAAAGGUCAAACCCAACCUCCUUUCCUGGAAUCUGUGAAAAAGGAAUGAAAGGGAGAGGGAAAGCUUGGUUUCCUUUAGUUCAGUUUAUUCUGCUGUUUGGGCUCUGAAGGACCCAAAAGAGAUAAUGGGGCUCCAAAAGUUUACAGUGCACCUCACUGGCGUAGUAAAUUUGAUUUUAAUGUAAACAUCCCUGGCAGUAAAGGGCCAUAUUCUGGUGCUAAUUGAAGCCAAUGGGAGUUAGGUGUUGACUUCAACGGGACCAGGAUUCAGCCUGUGAGGUUGUCCUCCUCUGCAACUAUCAAGUUUGUUCCUUAAGGCGUGCUAUAAGGUAUAUGAUUGUAAUGCUAAGUCUAUUUCCUGAGGAGUCCGGUUAGCCGAAGCUCUUGACUCUUCUGUAGAAAUUAAAUGUUCAUCCAAACUUUUUGAGAUUUGAUACUUUUGUAUAUUUAUGCACGAAUCAUGAAUUCAGGCUUCCUUAAAUUGUCAUGGUACCUCACUUCACUUUUGCCAUCAGAGCCCAGUCGACACUAGCAUGUUUCUAUCAGCGUAAAUGUUUUGAAGAUGAGGGGGUGGAGAUAUGUGUAGGCAGCUGGGAACGGCAGACAUGGCUUGUCCUCAGAGCUUCACAUUUUGCUAGAGCUGUGCGCUGAAGAGGCUGGCUGCAUCCUUGGCUUGGUAAGUGUCAAAACAAAACAAAACAUAUUUGCUAGCAGUCAAGUGGGCCAGAUGGAAAAGGAAGACAGCAUUUUUUAAUAUUUGUCUCGAAGAGGGCAUUUCAGCAGGUGCCGAUUGUCAUGCAAGCUACACCUUCUGAAAUUCCCUCUUCUGCACAGCUAUUAAAAAUGGCCUCUUUGGGGCCACAUCCAUUUAAAGCACCAUUGUACCUCUUUAGCUUCUCCCAAAGAAUCCUGGGUUUGUUAUGGGUGCAGGCAAAUGUCUCUUUGUGAGGGGUCUCCUAGCAGCUCCAAGCACCCUUAAACAACAGUUUCUGUAGUUCUUUGGUGGAAGCAAAGUGCUUUAAAUGCAUGUGGAGAUGUGACAUUUGUAUAUGACCACCCUUGUCACCCUCAGUACUCAGAAGGCAAGCUAGGCCCUUCCAUGCAAUAUAUGAGAGUGUUUAAUGGAACAGAAGAAGGGAGCAGGAGCACACAGAGUGUUUCACUGUCAGCCAUGGUUGACAGACUAAAAUAUAUAUUUUGUGGACGAACCUGCAUACACCCUCUCAAAGGGUCUGCUGAGUGCCUGGAUGGGAGAUGUAUGGAAAAUUUAUAUGUGCAUCUUGAGUUACUUCGUGGGAGAAAGGUGAA